CGCCCCGCAACAGCACCGCUGCCCACCCAGUGCCCGGGAAUACGAUGCUGCCAGCUGGUGCCAGUUAGCGAGGCCGCAGCACCCAUGUUGCAGGUCGGCGCGCCCGUAUCAUCAUCUCACAGCGCCAUGAAGUAGAGGCGGAUAUUGCGAGAGGUGGGACAGGAAGUAAAACAGUCCGGAGAGGAGGCCUAGUGACCCGGCGAGAGCAAACAUGCCCAUUGUAGAGAAACUUAAAGAUGCCCUGAAGCCAGGUCGGAAGUAUUCAGAUGAUGUAGAACUUGGAAAACUGCUCACUUCUUCUGCUAAAAAGAUACUUUUGCAAAAAAUAGAAUUCGAGCCAGCAAGUAAGAGUUUCUACUACCAACUGGAGACCCUGAAGAGUAAAUAUGUCCUGUUAAGUCCGACAUUUCAGCCGACCACUCCACAUAGAAGCUUAGAAGGGAACCAAAAGCAGAGCAGUGACCUCGCUUCAAAUAGUACAGAUGGAAUUCCACUUCCUCCGAAGGUUUUGUUCCCAGUUGAGAAGCUGUCAAUGAAAUGGGAACGAGUGUCCAGAGUGGGAGCUGGACUUCAAAAUCUUGGGAACACCUGCUUCCUAAACUCUACAGUACAGUGUCUGACCUACACCCCUCCUCUUGCUAACUACUUACUGUCAAAAGAGCACAGCCGUAAUUGUCAGCAGUGUGGAUUUUGUAUGCUGUGCAUUAUGCAGAACCAUCUCAUUCAAGCCUUUGCAAACAGUGGGAAUGCCAUCAAGCCAGUUUCUUUUAUCCGAGAACUGAAGAAGAUUGCUCGUCAUUUCCGAUUUGGAAGCCAAGAAGAUGCACAUGAGUUCCUGCGCUAUACAGUUGAUGCCAUGCAAAAGGCCUGUCUGAAUGGAUACACCAAGCUGGAUCGCCAAAGUCAAGCUACGACUUUAGUGCAUCAGAUAUUUGGAGGAUACUUACGCUCUCGAGUAAAAUGUUCAGUUUGUAAGAGCGUCUCUGAUACAUUCGACCCAUAUUUGGACAUCGCACUGGAGAUACGGCACUCGGUGAACAUUGUUCGUGCUUUGGAACUGUUUGUGAAAUCAGAUGUUCUCAGUGGAGAGAAUGCCUACAUGUGUGCAAAAUGUAAAAAGAAGGUUCCUGCCAGCAAGAGAUUUAGUAUUCACCGAGCAUCCAAUGUCCUCACACUCUCACUAAAGAGAUUUGCCAACUUCAGUGGAGGAAAAAUUACCAAGGAUGUUGGGUACCCCGAAUUUCUGAAUAUCCGUCCAUACAUGUCCCAGAGCAAUGGAGAGCCUGUUAUGUACGCACUGUAUGCUGUACUUGUGCACUCGGGGUACAGUUGUCAUGCUGGACACUACUAUUGUUAUGUGAAAGCAAGUAAUGGCCAGUGGUAUCAGAUGAAUGAUUCACUUGUUCAUGCAAGUAACAUCAAGGUUGUGCUGAAUCAGCAGGCGUAUGUCCUCUUCUAUUUAAGGGUUCCAGAGUCCAGAAAGAGCUUUGAUGCCUCGGUGUGUAAGGUGCCCCACUCCCAAAUUUCUCGCCCUAGCUCCGUUCCUCCUACUAUAAAGAAAACCCUGUCUAAUGGCAGUCUAUCAUCCCCACUUAUUGGUAAGAGGCUAGAAGGGCUACAUGAAAAGAAGCCUCCACAUAUGGAUGAUAUUGGGGUUCCAGUCUGUCGCACAUAUCUUUUAUCUGGUAACAGAGAACACAGUGGAGUUCCUCACACAAGGCCUCUCAGUGCAGGCCCCUCUCCAAAGCUCCACUCUAAAACCUCAUAUGCCCCAUGUAUUUUGGAUGAUCAGUUGAGAAAAGUGAAGAAAGCUGUUCAUGGCCAGUUAAGGACUCCUAAAGAUACUUGUACAACAAAUGAAUCGAACAUGCAAGAGGGCUCCAAACCAAAUUGGGACACUGUAGGUCGCUCUUCAUCUGCCGGCUCUAAAAUUUCAACUGGAAACCUUGAAUCGCAGGAAAAUAGUGACAGUGAACAGGAGGAGGAGAAAAAUGUAAAGCCAGAAGAACCCAUUGUAAAUGGCCAAGCUUCAUCAUUGGACACCUCUGAAAACGGGAACUUAACUUCACCGUGCUGCUCCCCAACAAUGGAAGCAGGACAGCCAGGGGCAAGCAAUACUUUGAAAUCGAAGUCACCCACGCUGGCAAGUGUAUGUGAAGCUUUGACGGCCAUGUCACCCCCACCUGCCAAAAAGCUAGCCCUGUCUGCCAGAAAGGGCAACAUGCAGCAGAAGGGAAGCAGAAAUGACGUUUACUACCCACCUCCCCUCUCUAUCUCCGCUGGCUUCACUCAUCCCAUCUCUGUUUCCCCUGGUCCCACCACACUCAAGCCGCUUCAUAUGCCCCGGGUAUCUCACCAACUUGCAGGCGACUUCCCUGGGACUUGUAGCAUUACUUCUAAGCAGAAAACUGUCAAAUCCCAUGGAAAGCAAAGAAAGCCAAGGGUUGAAUUAACCCAACAUUUCACUCCACGAUGUCACUCAAACAACUCUCCCUUCAGUAAGGCAUUGUCACCACCUAAAGGGAAUGUUAGAGACAAUUAUGUUAAUCUAACAGAGACUCAAAGCCCCUCACAGCAAAAACUGAAAUGCGAACCGGAAGCACAUGAAUUAAGCUGUAAUGGGGAAGUCCGGGCUAUGGAGGGAAGUGAUGUUAUGAAGAAAAACAAGAGAAAAGCAUUGGAAAGUAUAGCGAGAACAGUGUGUGUUAUCUCCCACUUGGAGACGCAGGGAAAAACCAAAUCUGAUUUAAAAGAAAGUAAAAUUAAACACACAAAGUUUGAACCGCUGCUAACCCCUACGAAACAUGUAUCCAAACAAACCGAUCACACGCAGACAUCCCAGGAGUCAAGAUGCAAAACAAAAAAGAAGAGAAGGCAUGUAAAACCUGAUCAACAUGUAGAGGAUAAUCUCCAGGCUCCAUUGAACGGUACUUAUUUACUUAGUACUGAUGACAUGGAAGAAAAUCAGGUUGUCAGAAAAACAAAGAAAAAGAAGCAAAAGCCACAAGUACAGGAGAGCCAAAGCAUCAUAGAAAACGAAUCCAUCAGUAAACAGAAACCUACAGCCCAGGAAGAGAAAUAUGUAUGCGUAUGGGAUAGUCAUAUCAAAGAUGGAUACAAGAGACCUCCUUCCAUCCCCUGUGCAGAAAAGAAAUUCCAACCAGCUUGGGAUGGCACAAAGAAUUCUUGUGUUGUCCAAGAGCUACUAAAGAAUUCCAGCAACAAAGCAUAUGGGACAGAAGUGCUUACUUGGGAUGGUGAAGAGUCUACUGUAAGCCGAGACGCCGUACGUGAUGCACGCGAAACCAAAUAUAACACAGUUAUAGAUGAAUGGGAUGAAGACUUUGACAGUGGAAAGGUGAAAAAAAUAAAGUUCAGACGUGACAGAUGGAGAAGUAAAAAUGGUUUCCAAUCUCUACAGGACCGACGCAACUUCUGGUCAUUCAGCAACCAGAGACACUUCCCCAGAGUGGCAUACAGGUCCUGAUUACAACAUGGGAGAUCAAGUGUAUUCUCAUUCCCAACAUGCUCCUUCUCUGCUGAUUUAAUCAGUUACAUAGAAUGGUGUAAUAAAACAUCUAACUUUCCAGAGCUCUCUGAUGUGUAAUAGCUCACUCUAUCUGUUAUGGUAGAUGUUUCUCUCAUUAUACAAGUUAAUACUUUAAGAACAUGGCAGCUAAAUUUUGGAGAUAACUACAAGUGUAUGGAUUAAGGAUACAUUAUAGAAAUAGUAAGUAGGCCGUGAAGAAAUGGUAAUACCUGACACCCUUCAGGUUUUCACCCAGACUGGCAUACAAGUUCUGAUAACAUGGAUAACAAGCGUGUUAUCAUUCCUGACGUGCAUUUAAUUACACAGUCUAGUGUAAUAAACCUUUGAAUGCCCUGCUCUGUGUGAUGUGAAAGGCGUCUGUUAUUUUAGACAUGUUCUGAUGGAAAUACAUUACAGCUAGAUGUUAAUAAUCAAAUUGUGAUUCCAUGAGACCUUCAUUAAGCACUGAGGGGGUCAGGUAGCAGAGAGCUAAAACUCCAAUUGCCAGGGCAAUGGUGGGUAAAUGAUCAUGCACCUACACCACAUAUCUAGUCGGAAACAUGAAGGGAGAUCAUUUCUGGCCUAUUCCUCUAUUGAUACAGUAUCUGGCUUUGGUGGUUGGGCAAAUCAAACUCUGUCAGAUAUGGCCAUAUUUGUGGCUAGGGCCAAAUGUCUUCAAUGAAUAGAGCUACAUGAAUGCAAUUUGAUGCCACACACAUCAGUAGGUACAAUUAGCAUCUGGUGGAAUCUAACAUUCAUAGUGUUCAACAACUCAUAGGUCCUCAUCAGGUAUAUAGACGGUUUAUAACUCUCUUUGUGUUCUUACAUUGGGGGACGUGUAGCCAGGUGGGUCUAAUAAUGCCUAAUUGUCCAAUAAAAUGGUAUUGUUUUGCUUCAAUAA